AUGAGUAUUAUAGAGUUGAAGGAACAAAUAGAGAGUCAAUUAAAUACCAGGAAAAUCAAUGAGUUGGAAAUUGAUAGACUUAAUAGAUUAAUUGCAUCGUCUAAUGGUGAUGACGAUACUUUGGUUUCAAUUUUGCCUUCAAUUAAUCUGUUUCUCAAUGAUGAGAAAUAUUAUGAGUUAGAUGAGAAUCUCAAGGUUAUUUCAUUGUAUGAGACAAUAUUGUCUAAAUUACCUAUAAAUAUCAUCUCGGCUUUAUAUCCCUUACAAGUUAUAACUACCAAUUUGGCUUAUAAGAAUCAAUUCUGUUUAUUGAUCUUAAAAUUGUUAACUUUGAAUUAUGAUAAAAUAGAUAUGGUGGAUAAUGGAUUGUUGUUCGAGAUUUUGAAGAUGUAUUUAGCUGACGACGAAUUAAAAAUUGAAAUUUGUAAUCAAAUUGAGAGAUUAUUUGAAAGAACCAUCAAUAUAGUCAAUUCUAAUGUACUCAAAGAGUUUCAAUCUCUUUUUGCUGAAGUGGAAUCCAACAAUAAUUCAACAUUGGUCGCAAGAUUACUAACUUUGAUCUUGAUAAAACCUUCAAUAUAUCCAUAUCAUUUCAAAGUCGAUCCUAAUGAUGAUGAUGUUCUUUUGAAUAUCUUGAAAAUUCAAUUUUUCACUGAUUUAAUAGGUAAGGUUGAUAUUAAUACCUUACCAAUUGAUCAGAUGAUUGAAUUAUUUUAUUUGAGAAUGGAAAACGAUAUUGUUGAUUCUUUUCUUAUUACCGAAGUCAACAAUUUCUUGAUAAAAUUAUCUUUUAAAAUGAAUGAAUUCAUUUUUUUGAAAUCAUCCGAUUUUUAUCUCGACAGACCAAGUGAUGUAUACUUGUUAUCGAAAUUUAACGCUUCCACAUUCCCUCCAGAAUUUAUUAAAUGGCUUUUGGAGUUCCCAUUAUCGAGUAAUAAGUACUUCACCAUACUUUUGAAUCUCGUCAAGUCAAAAAAAUGCUUUGACUUAUUGAAGUUCCAAUUACCCGAUACAAUAAAGACAUUAUCGUCGAAUGAUCACAUUUACCAAUUGCUAGUCAAUCUUUCAUUGUCAUCUUUUGGAAUAGAUUUCUUAAUUAAUUCUCCUUCCAUCAUGAACGACUAUGUUGUUAGCGAAACUCCUGUUUACAAUGAAGUUUUCACUUUGAAACUUUCUUUACUCGAUAAUUUACUCAAAUGCCCAGACUUGAGUAUUUGGGAAGAUAAAAUUAUCGAUGUUUACAAACUAAUGAAUAACGGAAGAAAUAUUAGAUCCCAACCUCAAGUUGAUGUGAUGGAUCAAGCAGCUUAA